UCCUCCGCUCCAUCCUCGUCCCCAUCCUCCUCCUCCUCCUCCUCCUCUUCCUCCCCCUCCUCCUCCUCUCCCGAUGGGCCCCCCCGGCCCGGCCACGCGGCUCUUGCCCCCCCUCGUUCUGGCGCUCGCAGGGGUCGCCCGGGGCACCUUCACGGUGGUGGCGUGGCCGCGGGUGGCCGUGGUGGCCUUCGGGGGCUCGGUGACCGUCAACUGCAGCCGCAGCGCCUGCCCGGGGGACAACGCCACGCUGGGGCUCGACACCGCCCUGCCCGCGACCCCCGGGCCCGGGGGGCUCCGCUGGCAAAGCUUCCGGCUCCACAACGUGUCCCGGUGGAGCCCCGGCCCCGUCACCUGCUCCGGCCGCUGCGGCGACACCGAGGCCAACGCCAGCGCCGGCGUCCUCGUGUACCAGCUGCCGGAGCGCGUGGAGCUGGAGCCGGUGCCGGCGGUGGCCGUGGGGGACAGCCGCAACCUGACGUGCCACGUGCGGGAGGUGGCCCCGCUGCGGAACCUGACGGUGACGCUGCGGCGCGGGGCAACGCUGCGCACCGAGAGCUUCGGCGACGCCGAGGGCAGCGCCAGCGUGGCCGUGAGCCACGUGCUGACCGUCACCCGCGGCGACCACGGCCAGGACGUCACCUGCCACGCCGAGCUGUCCCUGCGGCCGCACGGGCCCCUGUUCGCCCGCGCCGCUGUCCCCGUCACGCUCUCGGUGUUCGCUCUCCCGGAUCCCCCCCAGCUCCAGGCCCCCGCCAUCCUCGAGGCCGGCGCCGUGGCCAACGCCAGCUGCCGCAUCACCGGCGCCUUCCCGGCCGGGGACAUCCGCGUCACGGCCGCGCUGGACCAGGAGCCGCUGAACGUCACGGCGGCGGUGGCCGGGGACACGGUGACGGCCAGCACGGCGCUGUCCCCGCGCAGCCCGGGCCCGCGGGAGCUGAGCUGCACGGCCGCGGUGGCCACGGUGGCGCGGACGGCGCGGAGGCAGCUCCACGUUUACCGAUUCCCCGCGCCCGCGCUGGAGCUGAGCCCGGCCCCGGCCGCGGCGGGCAGCGAGGUGACGGUGACGUGCCACGCCGGGAACACCGAGCCGCCCGCGGCGCGGCUGCAGCUCCGCGAUGCGGACGGCGGGGUCCUGGCCGAGGGCCCGCAGCCCCGGCUGCAGCUCCGGCUGCUGGCCCGGCGCCACGACGACGGCCGCGAGUUCCGGUGCCGGGCCAGCCUGGCGGUGGGCGACAGCGUGGUGACAAAGGACGCGGACGCGCGGCUGGCGGUGCUCUGUGAGUGUCGCGCCAGCCGCGGCCCCGCCCGCCCCUCCCGGCAUUCCCCAAAUACCUUGUUUUUCUCCCCAGAUCUUCCCGAAAUCCCGGCCAGCGGCUGCCCCGGUAACCGCACGUGGGUGCGGGGAGCGCGGGAAGCGCUGUCCUGCCGCGCCACCGGCAACCCCGCGCCCACCGUGGUGUGCGGCCGCGACGGCGUCGCCGUGGCCACCGGCGAGCCCGAGCCGGUGACCCGCUCCCGCGCCGGGACCUACGUGUGCAACGCCACCAACGCGCUGGGGACGCGCAGCCGCCGCGUCACCGUCCGCGUGGAGUGUGAGUGGCACCGGGUUGGGGUUCGGGGGCCCCUCGGCGGCCGCCGCGGUGACCGGGUGGCCUCUGUGUCCCCCCAAGAUGAGCCCACGAUGUCCGAGUCGGGGUGUCCGGCACGCCGGGUCUGGGUGGAGGGGCAGCGGCGGGAGCUGGAGUGUCGCGCCGAUGGGGACCCCCCGCCCAGCACGCGCUGUGCCCGCGACGGCGGCACCCGAGACGGUGGCACCCGAGACGGUGGCACCCGAGACGGUGGCACUCAGCACGGUGGCACCCAGCACGGUGGCACCCGAGACGGCGGCACCCGAGACGGUGGCACUCAGCACGGUGGCACUCAGCACGGUGGCACUCAGCACGGUGGCACCCGAGACGGCGGCACUCGAGACGGUGGCACUCAGCACGGUGGCACCCAGCACGGUGGCACUCAGCACGGUGGCACUCAGCACGGUGGCAGCCAGCACGGAGGGGUCGCCCGCGGCCGCGUGGUCACCCGGGCCGAUGGCGGCCGCUACGUGUGCAGAGCCACCAACAGGCACGGGGUGGCCGUGCGGAGCGUCCUUGUCACCGUGGAGUACCAGCCGAGCCUGGGCGAGCGCGGCUGCCCCGAGCGGCGGCGGUGGCUGGAGGGGACCCCGGCCGAGCUGGGCUGCGCCGCCACCGGGAACCCCCCGCCCCGCGUCACCUGCGCCAAGCUGGGCGACCCCGCCAACGCCACCGAGCUGGGCGACAGCCAGGAGCCGCCCGGGCCACGGCCAAUGUCACCCACGCGCCCACGCGGGCACCUACCAGUGCCGGGCCACCAACGCCGCGGCUCCGCCGUCCCGCAACGUCAGCGUGGCCGUGGAGUACGGCCCCGCCGGCGUCACCGUCGCGCGUCCUGCCCUCCGCCAACGUCACACGCGGCGGCGGCUUCACCGUGGACUGCGGCGCCGGGGGUCCCGGCGCCCACCUACACCUGGCGCUGCCCCCGCCCCCAACCUGCGCUGGGCGCCGACAACCGCUUCGGUCACGGUCACCGGGGCCACCACGGCCAACCGGGGCUCUACACGCGUGCGGCGAGCAACCGCACGCGGCGGAGGGCCGGCAGCGUCGUGGUGCGGGUGGACGAGAGCUGGCUGGUGCUGCUGGCGGCGCUGGGAGCGCUGGGCGCGGUCACGGCGCUGGGGCUGGCCGUGGCCGGCGGGUUCUACCUGAAGAGCACGGCGUGCAAGAAGGGCGAGUACAACGUGCGCGACGCCGAGGGCUCCUCCGAGGCCGCCUGCCUGCACCGGCAGCGGGAGCCCCGCCCGGAGGUGUUCGGUAUCCAGCUGAGCCCGCCCUGACCGGCACCGGCACCGGCCUGCGGGAGCUCCAAAGCCGGCCCAGCGGGGUUUGGGGCGGUUUGGGGAGGGGAGGAUGGCGAGGAUUCACCCGGAGGCGCCCGCUGGCACCGGGACCGGCACCGGGACCAUCCCCGUGGGGUUUGGGGGUCCCCACAGACCCCGCCUCGGGGAUUUUGGGGCGAUUUGAGGGGUUUGGGAGCCGCGCCGAGCGUGGCACAGGCACCACUCAGGGCUGGGUGCUCCGGGGGGGCCACACCCAAUAAAAUGAUCAAUAAUCGAUCAAUAAU